GGUAACGCUGUCAAAUUUGGCGAUUGUCAUUUGCGUCAAAAGAAAAAGAUUUCGAAGAGAGCACUGCGGCAGUGCAAUAGUGAGACAAACAUGGCUGCAGAAAAUCAAAACAUCCUUUAUGCUCCGUCAGAUUUUGCUAUAAAAAUCCAAAAAUGGAAAGUACGGGAAGGUUAUCCGGUUACAGGAGGUAGUAUUAUUUUAUUUUACGAAUGUUUCGAUGCUUCCGACAAAGACACUAAGCGAUUAAAAGCUACCAAAGCGGGCGUUGUAAAAAAGCGCCUCGCCAGAGAAGGUGAAAUUGUUGAUAAAGGUAAACCAAUACUAGAACUCGAACAAUGUACUCACACCACUGUGAUCAAGGAUAUGUGUGCAGAUUGUGGUGCAGAUUUACGCCAAGAGGACCAAGGAGGCACAUCUGUAGCAUCAGUUCCAAUGAUUCACUCUGUGCCAGAAUUAAAAGUAACCGAAACAUUGGCAAAGAAACUAGGACAAGCGGAUACGGAACGAUUGCUACAAGAUAGGAAACUUGUUCUCUUAGUAGAUCUGGAUCAAACGUUAAUUCAUACAACCAAUGAUAAUGUACCGAACAAUUUGAAGGAUGUCUACCACUUUCAACUGUACGGACCCAAUUCGCCUUGGUAUCACACUAGACUCAGACCGGGUGCUUUAAAAUUUCUGGCAGAAAUGAAUCCAUACUACGAGUUGCAUAUCUGCACGUUUGGAGCACGAAAUUAUGCCCACAUGAUAGCGCAAUUUUUGGAUGAGGAUCGCAAACUAUUCUCUCAUCGAAUACUUUCACGAGAUGAGUGCUUCAAUGCGACAAGCAAAACAGAUAAUUUAAAAGCUCUUUUCCCAUGUGGUGAUUCUAUGGUUUGCAUAAUUGACGAUCGAGAGGAUGUUUGGAACAUGGCUGCUAAUCUUAUUCAGGUAAAGCCAUAUCACUUUUUCCAGCACACGGGAGACAUCAAUGCACCCCCUGGUAUGACGAAGAACGAGCUCGACGGCAAGGGAGUUGAUUUCAAAGACUUGAUUGGCCAGUUUUCGAAAGAUAAGAAGGAAAGCGACAAAGAUAGCCGACCUCCCACUCCAAAGAUCGAAACUGAUGACAUGAGAACAGAAGAAGAUGCUACGUCAUCGGAGGUUCAAUUGCCCGCUACUGAGGGACCCCCGCCUGGAAAUAGCAAAGAAAAGCCACCUGAAAGUGCAUCGUCCGCUAACGAAAAUAACACCGAUUCAAACACAGCGCAAGAAGAAAUGGACAGCAAAAAAAUUCGAAUCGACAAAGAUAACAAAUUGAUCAAAAUAGAAGAUCCAGAUGACUAUUUGCUGUAUUUAGAACACAUCCUACUGAAGAUUCAUCAAACUUUCUAUGAUGCAUACGACAAAACGAAAAAGAUCUCGGAUUUGAAGCAACUCAUUCCACAAGUGAAAUCGCAAGUAUUAGUGGGGUGUAAGCUGGUGUUUUCUGGACUAGUACCUAACAGCAUGAAACUACAACAAAGUAAGGCCUAUCAAAUAGCACGCAGUUUAGGAGCAGUAGUUACACAGGAUAUGCAGUCAGACACAACACACCUGGUAGCAGUCACCUUCGGCACUUCUAAGGUGCACAAUGCCCGUAAGAACCCCAAAAUUAAAAUCGUUGUUCCAGAAUGGCUCUGGACCUGUGCCGAACGAUGGGAACACGUCGAGGAACGGCUAUAUCCUUUGCGAACGUCUAAACCGUCCAAAAUGCGACAACCACCACCGCAUUGCCACAGUCCAGAACACGUUGUGAGUUAUGGCGACAGUCGAUCUGGUGGUGGUCCGUCAGGAAAACCUUCCCAGCCUCUCAAGUUCAUCGAUACUAUCAACCCGCUACUGAGUUUUUCCAACGAUGAUCUUAACGCUAUGAAUGAUGAUUUUGAUGAAUUUUUCGAGUCAGACGAUAGUACCAGUGAUGACGAGCCGGUUGAUAUUGAGAACCCACCUAUGAACAAAACGCUUCGAAAGCGAAAGCGAAAAGAAGAAAAAGAAAACCGGCACAACAUAUUCCAGCAGCGGUUAAAUGCUGAUGAAGGAGCUGAAUGCAUUAGAACUUUAAUAAGAUAUGAUGAAGAUAAUGAUAAUAGCCAAACAAAUUUGAGCUCAGAUGACGAUGAAAGUCCCAGUGCGAAGUUUCGAAGGGGCGGUGAUCUUCCUUCGGACUUAGACAUGGGCUCCAACAGUGAAGGUAGUGAUGAUCCUAUAGAUGAUGUCGACGAUGGUGACUGGAAUAUGAUGGGGGCUGCCCUUGAGCGUGAAUUUCUAGGUUUAGACGAGUAAGAUGUACUGUAAUGCUGAGUCCACAGGAGUAGUACAAAGUAAUAUGAACAGUGACCUCUCUUAACGAUUUCUUUGUAUUGUUUAUCUGUUUGAAACGUUCUCUUGUUACAAAACAUAGUUGUAUAAAGUGAUCCAAUUGAAACUAUUGCGAUGUAUAAUUCUUCACAAAUUAACAUUAAACUAAAAUCAAAUAUGCCAAGCCAA